GUCAUGGAAAACACUUUCGAACUGAACAGAAUUAUGUUAAAAUCACGACUUCAGUGGCGAGUGUGAAUUUUCCCCGUAUUUGAUGGUUAGAAGCAUUUCUACCGAACGGAUCAAGUCUUUUUGUGGUUUCUCUUUCCACUGAGGCAAUUUGCUCAGGGAUUUACGAAAGAAGUGUGUUGCUCAUUUGACUCCUAUCGUUCACGUACGAUGAAGAACUGACGCGAUUUCCCGCGUGACGCUACAUUUGCUCAACUGAUCCUUCGAUUGAAUGGCAAGAAAUGGGAGAAUUUGCUAGUGAAGAAGAUCAACGAUGGGUCUGCCCCAACGAUCGACAAUUAUCUUUAAGGGCGAAGUUGAAUUCAGGAUGGUCUUUUCACUCAAGUACACCCGCAAGAAAAACAGGUAGAAAAUCGGAUAUCACGGAAAGCGAACAAGAGAUCAUCAGAAAUGUUCUGGAACGAGCGGAAAGAAUUCGCCAUGCAGAAGAAGAACGUAUCGGGCGUCUUGUGGAGAAGUUGGAAAACAUGCACAACAAUGCUCUCGGAGAUGGAAAAGAGACCUGUCUUCUUUGUGGUUCCAAAUUCUCACUUAAAGUUAUUUCAAAGAGAUGUGAUGUCUGUGAUAAGUAUGUUUGUGAAAAGUGUGGUUUGAGGACUCAAGACAGUGAUGGUGAUAACAUUUGGCUGUGCAUGUUAUGCAGUGAACACAGAGAGCUCUGGAAAAGAACUGGUGCAUGGUUUUUCAAAGCUAUACCCAAAUAUACAUAUCCAGCAACAGGAAGACGUACUUCCUCUAACAGAACUGACACAACAUCUUCCAAUAGCUCAGACCAAAUUUUUUUCCCACAAUCAAAUAAAUACAAUCAAUCAUGGACAAGUUAUUCAAAAUCUAAAGACUAUCUGGAUGGUGGUAUUAGAGAAGAGAGUCACUCAGAGGAUGAGGAAUCCAGCAGUUCCUCGGAUGAAAUGUUGUUUGACAGUUCAAGCACACGUAAAUCUUCAAGAGGCAGGUCAUCCACUUCUGAGGAGACGAUGCCCUAUACAAGACGAAAGUCAACAGAACUUUCAAUGCCUGGUAGUGCCAUCUUAGAAAAUAUAGACACUCCUCCUCCCUUCCGUAAGAGGACUCUUGCAAUGUCACAAGAUGAACAGCCUCGUAGAUCACCAAACACAAGCCCAUUGCAUCAGGCCAAUGGAAAGCUCACUCCAGACAGCAGUCAUACUGAGCCAGAAUCUCCUAAAAGGGAAAAAAGUGGUAGUUUUACUGGAAGAGGUCACGUAACUGAUUUGAGAGAUGAAGUUGAUGCAAGGGUGAAGAAACUGGUGAGAAAGCAGGACACAGAAGAGGAAGACAUUGAUGAACUGGUGAGAACCUUCAAAGAAUCAGAGGCUUCUGUGAGCAAGGAUGUUGGUGAUGCUGGAUUAGGAACAUUGGAAUUUGAUGUCCAUUAUAACAAACAACACAGUCAGCUUCAGGUGACAGUUGUAUGUGCCAAGAGCCUGAAAGCCAUGGAUUCCAGUGGAACAUCUGAUCCUUAUGUUAAAAUUCACCUUCUUCCUGGUGCUAGUAAGAGUAACAAAUUAAGGACUCGCACCAAGUACAAGACCCUGAAUCCGAAAUUUGAUGAAGUAUUGGUAUAUCAUGGGAUCACAGAUGAUGAUAUAUCAAAGAAGUCUCUCAGACUUCAGGUUUUGGACGAAGAUAAACUUGGUCGCAAUAAUUUCAUUGGAGAGACUUGUGUGGCUCUAAAGAUUUUUCACAGUAAACCAUCUCAGUCUUUGAAAAGGUCACUAGUCUCUAGAGGUUCUAUUGAAGAAGGACGGGAAUCUCCAGAACCUGAUCUUGGACGUCUUCAACUGUCACUGAAGUUCAAAUCACAAAAGAAUCAACUUAUAGUGGGUGUGAUUCGCUGCGCCAGUCUGGCAGCCAAGGACGCUAAUGGUUAUUCAGAUCCGUAUGUCAAGUGUUACCUUAAACCUGAUUUAAACAAAAAAUCCAAGAGAAGAACGAGUGUAAAGAGAAAGACGCUAAAUCCUGAAUAUAACGAGGAAUUUGUUUAUGAUAUCGCGCACAGUGACCUCGCGAAGAAAAGUUUAGAAUUAACAGUUUGGGAUCAUGAUGUUGGAAAAAGUAACGAUUUUAUAGGUGGAGUUGUGAUGGAUAUCAACUCGACCGGCAGUGCAUUGAUGCACUGGUACGCCAUGCUGAAAAACCCAAACCAAGCACACACUUAUUGGCACACGCUGGAAAAACUAACCAAUCACGAACAGGAAUAAUAUUUUGGGCUUAGUUAUAGUAAAUAUUCGAAGAAGUCU